AUGGGAAUUGACUUGCCAUACCUGAGUUCUAGGCUUCUAGUAGCUGAGGUGUCCGGCUGGGCUGUUGAAGCCGAUUUCAAGCCAAGACUUCUCAAGCAGCAACAACACCACACCAGUCUUAUCCUGUGCAAGCUGCAGCUGACAAUUGAAGGCUCGGCUAAAGCCGGAAAGGAACAAACACCACCUCCUUUAUAUAAUCCAGCGGGUCUCAUUUUCCAAACCGUAAUCAAUCUAUACUCUCAUUUCGAGAACCCUAAUUCAAUGAUCGGAACCCUAUCCCUUCCUUCUGCAACAUGCCUUCUAUUUUCCACGGAAAAUAGCUUAUCGUUCGCCGCAGUUGCAGGAUCUGACCGGAAAAUGUCGUUCGCCGGACGAAAUCCUGCUAAAUCAGCAAUUCUAGCGGCCGUCACCGAGGCGGCAUCGGAGGUGGCGACUAGGAGACAUCAAUCAAACCUCUACGAAGUGCUGAAAGUGAAGCGAAAUGCGUCGCCUACGGAGAUCAAAACGGCUUAUAGGAGCUUGGCCAAGCUGUACCACCCGGACGCCUUUUCGCAAUCGUUGGAAUCGGACGGGCGUGAGUUCAUAGAGAUCCAUAACGCUUACGCUACGCUGUCUGAUCCGUCCACCAGGGCGAUUUACGAUCUGACGUUGAGUAUUGGUUCUGGUUCGGGGGUGCGAUCUUUUGGUCACUCAUAUGGGUUUGGGUAUUACUCGACCCGGAGGUGGGAGACGGAUCAGUGUUGGUAGGAUGGAUACGACACGUGUACACAUUAUAUAUUUCACGGGGCAAUGAACGGAAGAGAACUCGUGUAAAUUUCCCGACGAUUUUUUUUUUUUUUGACUUCCUUUUUUCCCCCUCAGGAAAGAGUAAAUAUAUAUAUAUAUAUCUUUUCUUUAUUUUUGACAUUCAUUGUGUUUUUUUUUUUAUC